AUGGUGCUUCAGCGUUUCGAAGGCGCCCAAUUGCAAGUCGAUGGCGCCUACACGCAAGAUGUCAUCAGAUCCUUUAUCGAUAAGUUGACAGUACCGGACGUGAAUGGCUUCGAGUCGGUGCGCCUGACGCUCAAGCCAUGCGACCCGAAAAUGGAUCGGUGCCUGGAAAUCUACGCGCAUUGCUUCCCGAAAGUGUGGGACGAGAAGUGGGCUCCAUCCGAAAUCGAGGACAAAAUACCAACGGACGUUAUGACAUUCACGGACGACAUCGGCCGCGAAGCCAAGCGCGUCACCGACUACUGGGAGGAAAAUCGUAGGGAGCAUCGCGACGUCUUUCGAGUAGCUGGCCAAAAGCGUUUGGCAGACGCGACCAAGGCUUACGGAAGCUCCUUCUUGAUCCACACCGACGAUCGACGCCUUAAUGCGAAAGAGAUCCAGAAUCGCCUAUCGAAGUCCUAUAUCGCACUGGCCAAAGAAUGUAACGAGGGCCGCCUUGGUUCGGAUGGAAUUCUUGAGAUGUCGAUGACGCAGUACCCGACGCACCCAUGGACAAAUCGCGUCAAAAUCAACACUAAUCAACCGGCUUCUCCGGAGCUAUAUGAGGGAAUCAAGAAGGUCCUACGCGAGCAGAAUUUGAAUAUGAGCGUUAAGGUGAAGACGAGCAUCGCCACCUACCUGUCGUGCUGGGCACGUGAAAGUGGGCUUCCCCACAUUCCAUUCGACUCCCCGGCUGAGACGUUCUCGAACAGCGUCGACGAGCUGAACAACCUGCUCACCAAGACUUCUUUCUUUGGC